AUGGAAUCCUUCUUUGGUGCUCUAAAAAAUGGCAACUUUGCAGUUUUAGACAUUAAUAUCGAUAGAAAUGGGCAAAUGGUGUUAGCUAUGCAGCAGUAUCUGCGAUCAAAUGAGGUCAGCUCGCUGGAGAAACUGGUCAAAUCGCAGAAUUUGUUUGAGAAUAGAUGGACGCGGUUUAAUAAUCUAGUAGAGUCUUUUCUCAUAUACUGUAAGGAAUUGAACCCCUACUCUCUGUGGGAAUCUUCCUUCUCGAUUUUCCAAUACUAUCAGGAUCUUAACACAUGUUUGACAAAUGAAAGUACGAUAUAUCCUUUGGAUUCACUAGUACCUCUAUUUACGUCGACCACUGAACUCAUUAUACCAAUGGCCAUUCGUCUUGACAGGAACUAUAAGAUCAUUGGUACAAGACAGCAUCAGUUUUUAACUCAUAUUGCAUCGAUUAUUUCCAAAUUAUUCAACAGCAUUAAGUCCAGAGUAGAUGACGACAAAGUAGAAUUUGCGAACCUUUCUGGGAAACAAAAGAUUUUGUUGUAUAUUGCAAACAAGCUUAACAUGAUUUACUUCAAGAUAAACUCACCGUCGUCUUGUUCAAAUAUCUUCAAGAAUUUAAAACCUAAAUCAAACAUUAAUUCGUUCAGUCAAUACCCAUUACUGGAGAGGAUGCAAUUCAGAUAUUAUCUCGGGAGAUAUUAUCUACUCAAUCAUAGAAUUGUGAACGCGUUUCAUCAAUUGAAUCAAUGCUACCAACUACUUGUCACUUUGCCCGAUAGCGAACAUUCCGCGUACUCAGUCAUCAAACGUAACAACAUGCGGAGGCUUUUAAAAUUUCUAAUUCCUUGCGGAAUCAUCAUUGGGAAACUUCCUGAUUUUUAUAAACUCUCUCAAUGGGAUCAACAGCUAGCAGAAUUGUACACCGGCUUGCUACUGGGUGUAAAAAAUGGUAAUUUGCAUGCAGUGAACAUGUGGCUAUAUCAGAAUGAAGCUUGGUUGAAAGAAAGCAAACUAUUAAUUGUCCUCCUAGAAAAGCUACCAAUACUAACUUUUAGAUCAUUGCUGCGAUCCAUAUUCCUGAAUUACUGCAUUCCUCGGCAUUCAAACAAACUGCCAUAUUCCGUCAUCAGACCGCUCUUGGCGAAGUCGAUAGGAACAUACUCACCUGAUAUUCCGGCAAUAUAUAAAGAAAAUUACACAGCAGAGUCACUCGAAAAUAUUCUCGUCACUCUAUCAAUCCAACAGCUAUGGAAGGGAAACGUAUUCCCCAGCCUGCAAGUGUGCGUUACAAUGAAGACUGACGACAUAUCCAUGAUUUUCCCAAAGAUUAACGAAAAGGUCGUUUCCAGAUUCUCAUUAAGCCAUGAAGAUUCUUGGUUGGACAAAUAA